CCUGAGCCGCCCCCUCCGGCCCCACCGGCCCCGGGGAGCCCUGUCCCGGCCCGGCCGAACCCGCCCCGCCCCGGCCGGGCCGCCCGGCGGGCGGAAGAUGCGGCGCACCGGGGGCCGGUAGUACUAUGAUUUGGUAUGUGGCCGCUUUGGUUGCAAGUGUGCUCGGCGCCCGCGGGGUGCCCGUGCAAGGUGCCCUCGGCUCGAGGGAGGAGCCCGAGUUUGUGACCGCUCGCGCUGGCGAGAGCGUGAUCCUGGGAUGCGACGUUAUCCACCCGCUCACGGGGCAGCCGCCUCCCUAUGUGGUGGAGUGGUUCAAGUUCGGCGUCCCCAUCCCCAUCUUCAUCAAGUUCGGGUUCUACCCUCCCCAUGUCGACCCGGGGUAUGCAGGCAGGGCCAGCCUGCACGACAAGGCGUCCCUGCGCAUUGAGCAGGUGCGCUCCGAGGACCAAGGCUGGUACGAGUGCAAGGUGCUGAUGCUGGACCAGCAGUACGACACCUUCCACAACGGCAGCUGGGUGCACCUCACGGUCAACGCUCCCCCCACCUUCACGGAGACGCCGCCGCAGUACGUGGAGGCGAAGGAAGGCAGCAGCGUCACCCUGACCUGCAUGGCAUUCGGGAACCCCAAGCCCAUCGUCACCUGGCUGAGAGAGGGAGAGCUGCUGGCUGCCAGCAGCAAGUACCAGGUGAGCGACGGCAGCCUGACGGUGCUCUCGAUCAGUCGGGAGGACAGGGGUGCCUACACCUGCCGAGCCUACAGCAUCCAGGGGGAGGCCGUGCACACCACGCGCCUGCUUGUCCAAGGCCCACCCUUCAUCGUUUCCCCUCCGGAGAACAUCACGGUCAACAUCUCCCAGGAUGCGCUGUUCACCUGCCAGGCCGAGGCGUACCCAGGGAACCUCACCUACCUGUGGUACUGGGAGGAGGAGAACGUCUACUUCAAGAACGACCUGAAGCUGCGGGUGCGGAUCCUGAUCGACGGGACGCUGAUCAUUUUCCGGGUGAAGCCAGAGGAUGCUGGAAAAUACACCUGCAUCCCGAGCAACAGCCUGGGCCGCUCGCCAUCCGCCUCUGCCUACCUGACGGUGCAGUAUCCUGCCCGCGUGGUGAACAUGCCCCCCGUCAUCUACGUUCCCAUCGGGAUACACGGGUACAUCCGCUGCCCCGUGGAGGCAGAGCCCCCCGUCACGCUGGUCAAGUGGAACAAGGACGGCCGGCCCCUGCGCGUCGAGAAGUACUCUGGCUGGAACCUGCUGGAAGAUGGGUCGAUCCGAAUCGAGGAGGCAACCGAAGAUGCUCUCGGCACUUACACCUGUGUGCCUUAUAACGCCCUGGGUACGAUGGGCCAGUCUCCCCCUGCCCGACUGGUACUGAAGGACCCCCCCUAUUUCACGGUGCUACCAGGCUGGGAGUACAGACAGGAGGCAGGGAGGGAGCUGUUGAUUCCUUGUGCUGCUGCGGGAGACCCCUUUCCUAUCAUCACCUGGAGAAAGGUAGGGAAGCCCAGCAGGAGCAAGCACAACACGCUGCCCGGCGGCACCCUGCAGAUCCGCUCCCUCGGCAAGGACGACCAUGGCGAGUGGGAGUGCGUCGCCACCAACGUCGUCGCAAGCAUUACUGCCAGCACUCACCUUACAGUUGUAGGCACAAGCCCUCAUGCCCCCACCAGUGUGCAUGUUGUGGUUGCCAUGACCUCUGCCAACGUCUCCUGGGAGCCCGGCUACGACGGUGGAUAUGAGCAGACUUUCUCAGUUUGGUACGGCCCUCUGGUGAAGAGAGCCCAGUUUGGCCCCCAUGACUGGCUGUCUCUCCCUGUGCCAGCUGGUUCCAGCUGGCUCCUGGUGGAUACCUUGGAACCGGAGACCGCGUACCAGUUCAGCGUCUUGGCUCAAAACAAGCUGGGCACCAGCUCCUUCAGUGAGGUGGUCACUGUGAACACUCUAGCAUUCCCUGUAACAACUCCAGAGCCUCUGGUGUUGGUUACCCCACCGAGGUGCCUCACAGCCAACCGGACACAGCAAGGCGUCCUCCUGUCGUGGCUCCCUCCUGCCAACCACAGCUUUCCCAUCGACCGCUACAUCAUGGAGUUCCGCGUCGGGGAGAGGUGGGAGAUCUUGGACGAUGCCAUCCUCGGGACCGAGAGCGAGUUUUUUGCCAAGGACUUGUCCCAGGACACUUGGUAUGAGUUCCGCGUCCUGGCGGUCAUGCAGGAUCUCAUCAGCGAACCCAGUAACGUUGCUGGCGUGUCCAGUACAGACGUAUUCCCUCAGCCUGACCUGACGGACGAGGGUUUAGCCCGCCCGGUGCUGGCUGGCAUCGUUGCCACCAUCUGCUUCCUGGCUGCUGCCAUCCUCUUUAGCACACUCGCCGCCUGCUUCGUCAACAAGCAACGCAAACGCAAACUCAAGCGCAAGAAAGACCCUCCUCUCUCGAUAACCCACUGCAGGAAGAGUUUGGAGUCCCCGUUGUCUUCUGGCAAGGUGAGUCCUGAGAGCAUCCGCACGCUCCGUCCCCCCUCCGAGUCCUCCGAUGACCAAGGCCCGCAGGCCAAGCGGAUGCUGAGCCCCACCAAGGAGAAGGAGCUCUCCCUCUACAAGAAGACCAAGCGGGCCAUCAGCAGCAAGAAGUACAGCGUCUCCAAGGCGGAGGCCGAAGCUGAGGCCACCACCCCCAUCGAGCUCAUCAGCCGCGGGCCGGACGGCCGCUUUGUCAUGGACCCGGCGGAGAUGGAGCCCUCCCUGAAGACGCGGCGGAUCGAGGGCUUCCCCUUCGUGGAGGAGACGGACAUGUACCCCGAGUUCCGGCAGUCGGAUGAGGAGAACGAUGACCCCGUCGUCCCCGCCUCUGUCACGGCCCUCAAAGCCCAGCUCACCCCUCUGUCCUCCAGCCAGGAGUCCUACCUUCAGCCACCAGCAUACAGCCCCCGGUUCCACCGGGCGCUGGAGGGUCCCGGCGCCCUGCAGGCCACUGGCCAGGCCCGCCCGCCGGCCCCCCGGGCUUUCCACCACCAGUUUUACGGUUACCUCAGCAGCAGCAGCCCCGGGGAGGUGGACCCGCCGCCCUUCUACAUGCCAGAAGUCAGCCCGCUCAGCUCGGUCAUGUCCUCCCCGCCUCUGCACCCCGAGGGGCCCUUCGGACACCCCACCAUCCCUGAGGAGAACGGGGAGAACGCCUCCAACAGCACGCUGCCCCUGGCCCAGACCCCCACGGGGGGCCGGUCCCCCGAGCCCUGGGGUGGGGCUGAAUUCCCCUUCGGCAGCCUGGAGGCGUCCCCCGCGGCGUUCCCCCCCCAGCUCCAGCAGUGUGAGGCGGCCGAGGGCUCCCAGCCCACCGGUUGUCUUCCUCGGGGGCCGCCCCCUUCCUCUCUCCAGGUCGUCCCCGCAUCCUACCCGGGCAUCCUGCCCCUGGAGGCACCAAAGAGUUGGACUGGCAAGUCACCCGGCAGGGGCCAACCCUCCGUGCCCCCCACCACCAAGUGGCAGGACAAACCUAUGCAACCCAUGGGAUGUCAAGGGCAGCUAAGACAUACCAGUCAAGGUAUGGGCAUACCCGUGUUGCCUUACCACGAACCGUCCGAACCCGUCAGCCACAGCGGCACAAGCACAUUCAGCCUGGACACCAGGUGGUACGAGCCCCAACCCCGACCUCGGCCCAGCCCUCGGCAGGUCAGGAGAGCUGAGCCCAGUUUACAUCAGGUGGUGCUACAACCUUCGAGGCUUUCUCCUCUGACCCAAAGCCCCCUCAGCUCCCGCAACAGCUCCCCGGAGCUGACCGCCCGCGCCCGGCCCCGGCCGGGCCUCAUCCAGCAGGCAGAAGUGUCGGAGAUCACCCUGCAGCCCCCCGCAGCGGUCAGCUUCUCCCGCAAGUCCACGCCGUCGACCGGAUCCCCUGCGCCGAGCAGCCGGGGAGAGAGCCCCAGCUACCGACCCACCACGGCCUUCACCCCCCUGGCCACCGGCUAUUCUGGCUCCCAGGGCUCCUCCCUGCCUGCGGACACCAUGGAUGUUUUCGGAGACAUCCCUUCUCCGAGGAGGGCUAGCGAGGAGAUCCUCAGACCGGAGCCCACAUCGACAACGGUAGCCACCUCGGGAAAACGUUCAUCUCCGUCCGGGGACGCUGCUGCACCUGAGAGGCUCGAAGCUCUGAAAUACCAGCGGAUAAAGAAGCCCAAAAAGUCAUCCAAGGGCUCCUCGAAAAACAGAAAACAAUCCAACGGCUCUGCCUCCCAGGUUCAGCACCUUCCCAGCUCUCAGGUUCUGUGGCCUGACGAAGCUGUCUGCCUCCGCAAGAAGAAGAGACACCCUCGUCAGGACCCCUUCGCCCGCCUCUCGGCGCUCAAGGACGACCUCUGCCACCGGCAGCUCCCCGAAGACCAGACAGCCAUCCUCAACAGCGUGGACCACGACGACCCCAGCGGGCACGCCACUUUGCUUUAGCCUCGCGCCGGCCCAAGAAGGUUAAAAAAAAAUAUAAUAAUAGGGGUUUGGAGGGAGCUGGAGCCUCGUCUGCGUGCACGCCGGGCCAGGGGGUCAUGGCAAGGAUGAGCUGGGGGGGACCCUGGGGUGGGCUGGGGUCCAGGGGGGUUGUCUGGGGCUGCUUGGAUCUGCAUCUCCCCCUUACGGCUUCAAUGGGGUGGGAAGGGGGUGUUGCACCUUGGUUUCGGAAAAGAUCUCCAGAUGUAAAAGGCACAGGCGGAGCUUUUGACAUCUGCUUCUGCAGCGUGCGUGUAGGUAGAAAUUGUGAAGUUAAGCAGCUGGCCUCGAAUCGCUGGAAGAAAUGACGCGGGGCGUAAUUAAUUGACAUGAAACUACCAGUCCAACUAACAACUGGUAAUCCCCUGAAUCUGAUUAUGAUAGAAUGAGACCAAGUAAUCCCAGGAAAGCUGUAAUUGUGAAAAAUCUCCUUGCCUCCCCCUUCCCAGCCUCCCUUUAUGUGACGAUAACAGCAACAACAAUGUCACUGACAUCUUUCCUUACCUAUCUCUGAAAGGGAAAACCAGAAAGACCCCAAGGCUUCAAACCAGCCUGAGAUUGAGAAAUCACAAUCUGUCUGUGCAUAUGCAUUUUAACCUUGUUAACGUGUGCCGAACACUUUGCAAGCACACAGGUAUGGGACUGUUUUCACCCACGGGUGUCUUCCCCCCGAGUGUGGCUUGUGUCAGCCUUGGUGAGGGUGGUUUUGAUCAAUUCUUCCUGACAGUCCGUGUAUCACUAGCAAAUGUUCUCCAGUGCUGUGCAGUGAUGUGAUUUCUUACUACGGUAACGUUUGUAAACUUUAUCCGUAACUGCAGAAUGGGGCGACGCCGUUGUAGGGGUGCGAGCGAACGGGGUUUGGUUGCGUAGACCCCAAAGCCUCUUGUUGGCAGCUCACUGAUCCCGAGCGAGAGCAGCUGGGAAGUGCCCGGCUCUGUGGGUCACAACGGACGGCUUCUCCGAGCAGCCUCACAAAGCUCAGCCCAGCAUUUCGCAUCGGUCUGACCCGUGUUGCUGCUGGUUUCGCUGCGUGCCCCCUCCUCCUGCUUCAGCCCAGCUGCCCAGGCGACCUGCGACACCUGCUUUGGGACUUGUCCCUCUCUUUGCUCCGUCCCAGGAGACCCGCUGUUCCCCUCUUGGUAAUGCUGUCCUAACUCUUCACCAGAAUGUAUUUCCCCUUCCUAGGGCAGGUUCCUUUGGCAAUUGAUGUUUCUCUGGGUUACGUAGGCCUUUUUUCGGCAGGGAAGCUGUAGCCUGCUCCGAGAACACCUGGCUUCGGCUUCUCUUUCCUGCUCCGCCUCCACUCUCUAACUGCGUGGCCUUGGGCAAGUCACCGAACCUCUCUGUGCCUCAGUUCUCCCAUCUGUAAAAUGGGGAUAAGUCAUAUUUGAGCACUUUUGUCAAGCACUUGGCUGUCCACAGGCUGCAAGUGCUACCUACGUACUGAGUGCUAUUACUACCACGUGAACCCUACCUUCAAAAUAGUUAGAGAUUUUUUUUGAAGUGGUAAGAUCAAACACUUAAUUCAGGUUUGCACACUUCUUCUUCUCUGGUAAAGUGCUAAACCCGCCAGCCUGCCUGGGAAUAAAUACCAAGUAUUUCCUGUGAAUAUCCUUGCUUUAAGUGGAUUCGGGCUGUGGAAAAAUCAUCAGGAGAAUCCAAGAGCCUGUAGGCAUUUUUUUUUGCCAUGGGCUUGCUGUUUGCUUACAAAACUUCAGUUUAUUCCCAGGUAGAAUCGCCAAGAGAUGCUCUGCCAUCUCGCCUUUAAUUGUGGUUUGCCUUGGUUAUUGCUCUUGCUGCUGGUUGAACCUCAAAGGGCUUCGAUGUUUGGAGAAACGUGCGAGCUCUCGCCUGCCUGGCCAGAGUGAGGGGUCGGGGGAAGGCAAUGCCAACAAGCCAAGCUCCCCAGGAGGUUUUAGGUAUAAAUCUGUUUGUCAGUUUGCCUAGAAAUUUCUGUUUUUCCAGAAUGUUGUGCUUCCUCUUCCAUCGGGAUGUUCAGAAACCUGCGACAGUGGCAGCAGAGCACCACGUCUUUCCAAAUCUCAAAGCCCUGACUUAGGUUCGAACCACUUGACAGAAUCCUCUAAUUGAUAAAGAGAUAUCUUCAAGCUUUAACAACUUAAUUUAGGUGGUCUUCAAACCGUGAGCAGAUUUGUCUCGGGAAGGAGGGAGGGUCGCUUAGAAAUGCCUCUCUCUUUAAGCCUGCGUCAGGGCUCUUUUUUUAUUUUGAGAACCUCGUGACCUGAUGUAAUACCAUCAACCACCAGAGCGAGACUUCAACUUUGCUAACAGUAUGACCGAGUGUUUCUUUUAUUUGAGUGUGUUUUAGGGCUUUACCUAGAAUCCACUUGGAUCUGAAUUGAUUUAAUGCCAUUUGCCCGUUCGGCAGUGGGAAAUCUCUGUCCGGGUGACUUCAGCUCACUGGCGUAGGCGUGAGAGGAGCUGAUUUCUGCCCCAGACCGUGGCUGAUGUUGCAGCGGAGGAGGACACGGGGCCGUGGGGGGCCACAUCCAGCCUCCCUGAGGAUGCCCGAUGGGGCGAGCGGGUGCCUCAGUCGUGGCCGCCCUCUCUGCGUGGACGUGAGCCCCACAGGUGACGUUCACCCCGCGUGGGGCCGGGGAUGCUCCGCGGCGCGAUGCCCCGCUGGGUGGGGGGCGCGUAGGCUCCGUGCCGCAGCUCGCUCGCUCGUCCUUUCUCUCUCAUGGCCUGGACCGCUCUAGCAGAAAGCUUCCUUUUUCAUUUGAGUGCUUUCCAAACUAUUUGCAAUGCCCGUUUGUUACGGGCGAGGCAGCGUCUUCGGGCUCUUGAGGUUUUGACCUCGGGACCGUACCCCCAGUCCCCGCUGUAAGGAGUAGGAUUUGGAGCGCAGGGAAGGUUGACAGAGCGCGCCAGCUUGCUUGGUCAAUCUUUUGAGAGUUUGUUUUCCUUUUGCAGGUGUUUUGAGCCGAUGGGCCCCCCUGCUUUUCAUGGUCUUCGACCUUUAAAGGCUGGAGCUGCAGCCCUCUCUCUUUCAGCCGUGUACCUGCCACGCUGCUGGAGUGGGAAAUCCCGCCAGGGCGCCUCGUGGACGCGUCUCUUCCCUAAACCAUCCUUACCUCCUUUCCCCGCUAGACCGAGUUACCUUCUGAUAGACUCUUGCCACGUGCUGGGCCGUGCUUUGGCAGAUGGGCUCGCCUCUUGCUUUGGCAACUUCCUCGCUUCUCCCAGCUCUCUGGUUUCCAUGCCCUUAUGGGGUUUCUCUCCUCUCCUCCCGUGGACCUGGGACAUCGAAGCUGUGUCAGACGAUGCCAAACGUUUUCCCCCAUUCCAUCCCUGUUUGAACUCCGUUUUGUUUUGGUUGUUUGCAAACACGGCUGCUGCUGCUUUUUUCCUUUUUCUUUCGUGCUGCAAAAUAUAUCUUGAUUUUUUUUAUCUUCAUGGGCCAAACUCUCUUAUUUUGUAAGCUUGUCCAAGGUAGAUGGUUCUUGCUGCGUUGGUAAACGUGUGGUUCCUCCUUGCAUGGCGCAGACGCGACGUGUUCCAUUAGGUCUCAUGCAAAGAGCUGGGCUGCGGUGGAUAAAACGCUUCUGUAUCUGACGAGGGCAUUGUCCUUGGGCUGUGCCAAUGUGUCCGUGCAGCGAGCACCAGGUCUGGGGGCCCGGUGCUGCUGGUGGGUGGGAGCAGUGCCCUAGGGGUUUCUGAUGGGCUCUGCCUGCUGCAGCCAGGCUGAGGGGCUGGAGGAGCACCGAGGCCGCUGCAGGUUUGUUCUGCGAGCAUUAGGAAGUGAGAAAUGGGCAGCAUAAGGCUGCCCCAAGUUGGGGGUGGAUAAUAUAGAGAGGUAUGCACAAGGGUGUCAUGUGGACCCCUUGAAAGGAUGGCUGUAGGGUGCCACCCUGCACACCCUGCCCGUGAAAUUGGUGCUUUCCCUUUGCAGGCAGGAUCGGAUGUGGAGAUGUGCUGCCUGGUUUUGUGGCAGGAGCUGUUGAGUGAUUUAGGCCAGGUAUUUUUAAGGUAACUUUGCCGUGCAAACCCACUGAUGUUUUUUUUUUUUUUUUUAUGGUUUGGUUUUGCAGUGUUUACGUAAGUGAAAAGGCAAGUUAGUGCUGGUGGGGAGAGCAGGAGCAUUUUCUGCUCGCUGGUAGGGCUCCGUUCCUGCGCCUGCCUGGGGCUGUGUACGUGUACUGAGAUGGGGUCUGUAGGGUGGGAGCCUGGAGCUGUCUUUGCAGCCCUCUCAUGGACUUGCACCCUGACCCCCUGGGCUGGAGCCUCCGGGAGGUGCCGGGGACACCUCUGGCACAGGAGGGCACCUUGCGACGCCGCUGGUGUGGGUGGCUCCACGUGGAAGCCCCCCCAUGCAGAAUGGGACACAGUUUGCUCCUGGGAUGCUGGGAAGUGUUUGUGCGGGUACCUGGUCAUUUUUCUAGGGCAGGGAGCUCCCUCUUGCUGCUGUGUGUUGGUCACUUGGGGCUUCGAGGCUGUUCUGGGUGGCUGGUAGGCACGAGGCUGUUGCGUCUCUGUGCGUUCCCUUGUCACCCCAUCCAGUGCCACCACGCUGUGCUUGUCACUGCCCGUCAGGGAGUUUUGGUAGGUACCAAACUGUAGGGAAGGGUUUGCCCAGAAGGACUUCUGCCUCGGUUUCCCCAACUCUAUAGGGGGAAUAACAGCACUGCUGUGCCUACCUCCAGGGGUGCUGAGGGCUCAGCACUCCAGCUCACCGUCCCAGCAGGGCUGAGUCAUGUCUAUGGCACCUGGGCAUGACACACGCCUUUGAGCUUACUGCUGCUCAUAUCCUGCAGUUUGGGUUAGGAUGAAAUCUGCCUGGCAGUUUGGUUUCUCCUCCUCCUCAAGGCAGUGAGGGAGAAUUUAGAUUUCUCUGAGUUCUGGGCUGGUUUCAGCACGUGUUUUCAGCUGUACUUCUGGGCUUGGGGUAUUUUUUGGAGAGUAGGGAGGUUUUCCUGGGAGGCCUGAAGGCUUGCAGUCUGCAGGGAUUUCUCCACGCCCCGCUUGGGCUCGCUGCAGCCCUGGGCUGGCAGAGCUGAUGCUUUUUGUGUGGAAGGAAGUCUUUUCAAGGAGUCGGAGCUAAAAGCAAUGUAUAUAUGAGAUAUAAAUAUAUAGAGAAGUGUAGGACAAGGGUAGAUAUGUAUGCGAAGUCUGGUAUAUUUGCAUGUAAAGGCUAUGUUUGUCUAUAGGGGGAGAGUGUUUAGAGCUCUAUUGGUAGCGGGGGGGGGGAUUGGGAUGGCCAAAGUCGGGCUAGGGGGUGGGAGCAGCCAGAUUUGGGAUUUGGGAACGGAUGGGCACAGGGCACCUCUCCGCUGCCCCGUGGCAGCAGGCCUGCCCUUCACUGCGUCCCCAUCCCUGCUAUGCAGGACCAGGUUUCUUUAUGUUCCCUCCCCCCCUUUUUUUUUUUGCUGUGUUCAUUGUACAUGACUCAUCACUGGGCUGUGAUAAUGAGAAGAAGGUAGGAGCGAGGGGCCUUUUGCCUGCAUGUGGGGCAUUAAAGCGGAAAGAAACAUCAUGUUGCCUCAGCUGUGGUGUCACUGCAAUCGUUCAAAGGGAAAGCAACGCCGUGCAGAAUCCCUUAUCUAAAAUCCACGUAGAUGCUGCUCUCUGGUUACUCACGUUAAAGCAUUUUGCUUUUGCAUCUGUUCUUCCCAGAAGAGCGUGAGUCAGAUGAGAUGAGAGGGAUACGGCUAAAUUGGCUGCGAAGCGCCGCGCAGGCUGAGCCAGGCUGUCCCAGCGGCGGUUCCUCCGCGGGACGAGAUGUUCUGUCUCCCUCCCAGGCACCACAUGGAGCCGUGUCUUUUUUUAAAACUCGUUAGCAGAACUUUUGGGGCAGGGGAUUCAUCCACCAAAGACACCGGCGGAGGCGACAUCAGAGCUCGCCUGCCUGAUGCGCUGCAGCGUCGCCGCUUUGCGCACCGUAUCGGGAGCCCCUUGCAGGGCACAAAGGCAGGCUGGACCCAUUGAGGUCACAGGCAGCGAUGACGUGGGCUGAAAUUGCAAAGUAUGUGAUGGCUCCGGGCAUGGGGAUGGCUGAAUUUUUUUUUUUUUGCAUGUUCAUCGCCCACCAAGGAGCCCAUCCCCAUGCUGCUUGGGCAUGGGGUAACCCCUUAAAGGGAAUGUCGACUCCCAUUUCCACCCUUCAGCUUAGUUUUGUUUUCUUUUGCUGGAUGUCUUUGCUUCUCUUUGCCUGUCCUUGCAGAGGAGGAGAGGCUGUGAGGUGCAGUUGGUUCCUAUUAGAGGUGAUUGCUGAAAUCUGUAGGGGAAAUAUCUGUAGGGGAAAUACAUGAGUCAGGUACUCCAGGGCUGUUACUGGAUGAGGAAGCAGUGAUGGCACGUGUGAUUUGGCACCUUCUGUGCAUGGAAGAGGAGAAAGCUAGCACUGACCUUUAUUUCCAUUACAUCCACUGCUGCGUGGCAAAACUGCACGGCUCCGGGCUCCUGGGAGAGGCUGGAGGACGGAGCCUGCUCCCCUCUCCGAGUGACCGGGACGAGCUGGAGCCACACGAAGCAGUAUUUCCCCAAUUUCCCCAUUUUUGUGUGUUUUAGCCUGACAGGUUUGUGCUGUCUAAACUGCCUGUCCCUUGGUGUGUGUGGCAGCAGGUGUCUCGCCCAGCGGUGCUGGGUGACCUCAGGACGUGUGCCCACAGCAUCCCGAAUCCCCAGGGCUCUGGGCGUUUUUUGAUACGUGCAUGGAUGGAUGAAGGACUGAAUACGGGGAGGGGGCAGAGGGAUUGCUCAGGGUUUGGGGGUUUUGGACGCUGCAAGCAUGCGCCGUAGUGGUAGGUGAUAGGGGUUUUAUACUGGUUGCAAUGGGGCAGGGUGUGCGGUACAGAGGGGCUGGCAUCCUUCAGUUUUUGCACUGGUCGGAGCAGGAGCACUCGUGCCUGUCCCCUGCGGUGUCCCUGUGUGAGGCUGGGGGCUCUGGGGACACCAGGAACGGGGAGGGGGCUGCUGGGCACCGGCUCCAGCCACGCAGAGCGGCCAGCCCCUGCUCAUCGCCACAAGGAGAAUUUGCCCAGGUUUUUGCUUUACCAUCGAAAUACCGAUUUCUCUCCUGGGGGGAGUUUUGUUUCAGUUCUCUUGAAGCUACAGGCAAGCAAGAGAGCUGCCAAGGGGGUGCCCAUCGCCCAAGUCCCAGGCUUCAGCCCCGUGGUCUCGAAGCCCCUGUGAUUCCUACCCACCCAGCACUUUGAAGAGAAAAUGACCAGAGAAAGGAGCCCCAGUAUCUCUAUCUAAAUAAACGAUAUUGGUGUAUUGAAACCGCGUUGUAUAUAAAAUUAUACAAAUAUAUAGUUACUUUCUAUUUUAGAAGGGGGGGGGGAGAAUAAAUAUUUAAAAUAAUUCCUUAGUACUAGGUGUCAGAAACUUCUGUGCAGCAUGAGAGAGGCUGUCAGAGGUGGAAAGAGUCUAAAACAGCAGGAGCAGAGCGAGUAUUUUUACAUUAUAUUGCGCUUAGGCUUCUCUGCUUCUCCAUCCACCUAUAAAUAGACAAAAAAAAUAUAUAUAUACAAAUAUAUAUAUAAAAAAUAUAUAUAUCUAAGCCACAUAGCUGUUUUAUUUUUGUAUCCAUGCCUAGUGCUGUCUGAGCAAUACGGUGGCGAGGGGGGGAGAGGGCUGGCUGAGGCUGGGGGCUUUGUGCGGGGUCUGCCCUCCGAGAUGGUCUGCUCUGCUUCGCCUGCUGUCCCGCCGCACGGUCGUCGUCGCUGCUGCUCGCUGUCGCCUUGCUGCUUCAGUAGAAAAAGUGGAAAAAAUAAAAUAAAAAUAGGAGCGGGGUGGGGGGCUCCCAGGGGAGCCCUGGCUGCUGCCAGCUUGACUCGUGCCGUGGCGAGGUGAUGGUGCCCGGUGGUGCUUCCACGGAGGGGCACGCAUCUUGCUUUUUAUUUUUUUUUUCGGAGAAACAAGUGGAAUUUUAGCUCAAAGGGUGCUAUUGGCAGUGGGAAGGACGUGGCUGCUUGCAGCCCGGUGGCACAGGACAUGGUGGGGGUGCUGUGGGGACGGGCUCCCCGUGCAUCCCUCCCGUAGGGCACGGCGCUGCCUCGCCGGGCGCUGCCGGCGACCCGUCCUCGUCCUCGCUGCCUUUGGAAACCCACACGCCUUGGGGAGAGAGGGGGGCAGAGCCGGUGCCACCCCAACGCAGCCCCCUCGGUGUGGGCCAAGGGGAUUUGGUCCCUUAGGUGCUCCUGCAGUCCUGGCUGGGCGGCCUCGGUGCUGUCUCCCAGUGUAGGGCCUGGCUCCGGCACUUAAAUACCUCUUUGGGAAGAGAAGAUCUCGGAGCGUGGAGGCAGAGCGGUGCCGUGCAGGCUGCUGUUACCGGCACGGGUAACACGGGGGGGUCGGGUCAUCAAUGCCCUGCUUGGCACAGGGGGGACCCGUGCCCGCAGCAGCUCUUGUGGGGAAGGUGGUGGGGGUGCUCUGGGAUUUUUCUUCAAAGCAAUACAGACCCGCCACGUCCCCUGAUGCUCGCCGCGACCCCACUAUUUCCUUGGGGUCACAUCUCCCCCUGGGCAUCCACCUGUGGGGUCCGUGCUCUCCUGAGGCUCCAGCUGCGGUUUCGGCACCGAGCCCAGCCUGAGAUGCUGGAGCCGUCCCUCUGCUCCCCUCCUCGGGGGCCAGGAUUUAGGGAUUGCUGCGCAAUGGGGCCAGGGGAUGCUGCUCCCCUCCAUGGGCUCGGUCCCAUGGCCCCGUGCGGGACCCCGGUGCUGUUCUGGGCUCAGUUCCCCCUGCAGAGGUACCAGGCACGCAGGACCUCUUUUCUUCUGUCUCGCCGCGUCCCCAGCCGACCGAGGCAUGAAUGUAACGCGUUUGGGAGGGCGAAGGGUGCCCGGAGCUGGCCCCCUGGCAGCGGCACUGUCUCCUCCGUAGGUGUCACCUGUAUUUUCCAUGAUAUUUCUGUCUUCUUCGUUGGGGUGGGUCGGGGGGAGGGUGUUUCUAAUAUCAAGCCAAGAUUUGUUCAGCACCACUUCUUGAUAUCAAAGCGAAGCAUGUUUGAUGGAACUAACUUGCAUUUAUUAGCGGUAAAUACAUAAGUGAAGUAUUUUAUAUGUUUAAAAAAGAAAAAGAAAGCGAAGGAACGGGACGUCUCUGGUCGCUCCCUGGCAGCGGUCAGGCCGGCUGGCUUUGGGGUAUUUCUCGGGGAGGGUGGGCUGGGUCGUGGGCAGCUUUCUCCUUUUCCCCAUCUCCCCUUGAAUCACUUACAGAAAAAAAAACAGGAACAAUGUUUACAAAGCACACUUUCCACAGUACCGUUAACCCUCUGGAUGCCAAACAGACACAAAGAGCCGCUCCUCCCCUGGGCGCCGCGGGACCAAGGGGCGGCCGCGGGGCCAGCAUCAUCCCGCUUCCCUCAUUGACAUAUUUAUGUAUUUUUUUUGGUACACACAACCCCGCUUCGUCCAUCCGCCGUAGCUGAGUGCGUUUCUGGGGGGAGCUUGCUUCUCGCUGGGUAUUUGCUUCCUGGGGGCUUCCUGCCCCCUCCCAGGCUCUUUCUGCUGGGAACGGGGCAGAGCUGCAGGGCAAAGUGCCCGUCUCUGCUCGGAGAGGUGUCAGCUCGGCUGGGAGAGGCCAGCGCCCUCCCAGAUGCACUUUAAGGCCAAACUUCUCCCUUUUUAAAACUUUUUCCCCACCACUUGAUGCAACAACCCUGCCUCGGCUUCUCUGUGGGGCCGGCAGAAAGCAGCCAGGGGGGAUGCUCCCGUGCCCCUGGAGGUGACGUGGGACCUUCUGCCCAGCUAUGGGGACCCUGCUCCCUCUGUGCUUCCCUUGGGGGAAAGCCCUACAGAAACCAAAUGGAAACACCGAUGUUUCUGUAGGUUUCUCGAGCCAUCCUUUGGGCAUCCAGAGAGAAUUACAUCUACGCGCCAGCUCCCUAGGAGGGUCCCCAGCCCCCAUGGGGACCGCAGACUUUUUAACCCCCUUUGAUAGGUUCAUAGUCUCUGAACCCUCUUAGACUUCCAUAGGUAGGUCUUGAUAUAAUUUCCUCCUAACUCUACAGUAUUUUCCCAGCAUUUUCUUUACAACUCAACAGGUCUCUGGUUGUGUGGGACAACUAUUAUUAUUUUUUUAAGAGUUCUUGCCUAUUGACACACAGACUAGACCAUCCAACCUUGUUUCCAUUUCUCGAAUGUCGAGUAUUACGAUGUAUAACACACAUUAGGGUGCUCUUUGGUGCUGUUUCAAUGGUAACCAGUGGAACUGACUUUUUUUAAUAACAGUAACAAUAAAGAAAACUUUAGUAAACUUUAGUACCGCUGGUUCCAUACUCUUUGUCGUUGUGACUUUUUUUUUCCUCCUUUUGUUUUUAAAACUAGAAGUUAGUAGCGAUCAGCUGCUGAGUCUCUGUGGUGUUGAGUGCUGACUUGUGCACUUCGAACUGUUGGCUGCUGCAUGGGCAGCUGGAGGGGGUGGCUGCGGAACAGUUUUCAGCAGCUGGGUUUGAUUUGUGUAGUUUUUAACUUGCACAGAUGCACACAGCAAAAAUAGCAUUUGGUGUGAGCCCAGACGGCAACUAGAGGGUUAAUUUUUGAACUUCAGGUAUGUUCCUCAAGAGAAGAAAAAAAUUAAAAAUUAAAAAAAAAAAGAGAAACAAAACACUAUUUUUUCAGUAAGCUUUUUUUUUUCUGUAAACGAUUUAGAAAUAAAUCUGAGACAUGAUGGUGCUGUACCAAAGCCUUAUACGAAAACUUAUUCUGCGCUCUGUAUAAUCUCUGUAUCUGUAUUGUUGCUCUCGGCCUCCGUUCUCGUGAAGGCCUCCGAAAUGCCAGCAGCAGGGACCGGCGGUGGCCUCGCAGGUGCCACUUGGCACCGGGGUCCCCGGGAAGGACCCCGGGGCCGCGGGGAGGGGAAGCCACCAUCCGCCCUGCGCAGCACGGGGCAGAAUUGGGGUCCUUCGCCCCCCUGUUCUUCUUCCAAUUGGGUGCUAACCUGCCCUGGGCAGGGAAAUGAGACCUCCUCGCUGUCCUCCCCGCCUGCCUCCGGGGGGGGGGGUUUACAUCUUCCAGCUUGGCCAACGCAGACCUCCCGGAGCCAGCCUGCUGCUGGGGGUGGCCCCGAGCGUCUGCUUUGAUAGCUCUAAGCAAUAAACCUGCUCUGCCAAGGCAAACUGGCCCCUCUGGCUCCUGGACUGGUGUUGGCUCCCAAGUAAAUGCUGACAAGCCAACAAAAAGUGGAAGAGAAUAGCUUGAAGCCCUGCCUUACUGGAAGUAGCUGGUCCCUCGGUCUCCACCUGCUGGGAUUUUAAGGCCUGCUGGGUACUUAACAAUUUAUUGCCGGUAACAUUGCAUGUUCAUAGAUUGACUUCUUUUUUGUUUGUUUGUUUUCUCCUCUAAUGUACCCACUUAAGAAAUUAUGGCGGUGUUGCAAUGUUACGUACAACUAGCCAUUCUGUAGGAGAAUGAUGGGUUUUGGAACUGAUUAACUUGCUCCUCAUGUAACAUUACCCUGCUUCAGAAAUGUUUUGUAUUUUGAUAUAAAUAAACAUUUGCUAAAAAAAAAA